ACAACAACAAAUGCCAACAACCCAUUGAAAUUCCUUCCAUUAAAAAAAAAAGAAGAAGAAAUUCAUGCAUUCGUGAAAGGCAAAACAUGCAGAUCACCCCCUUAACUCAUCAAUGGGUGGCAAAUCACCCCCUCAAUCUACUUCAUGCGCAAACCAACCCCUCAACUCACUUGCAGUGGCAAACUAGCCUCGCUAACGUGGGUACACCUUACCAUGACGGGCUCUUCUUCUUCGACAUCACAUUCCCGCUUGAUUAUCCCAAUCGACCGCUAAUGGCUCAUUACCGAUCUUUUGGGUUUCGGAUCAACCCAAACCUAUAUGCGAACGGGAAGGUCUUUUUGAGUUUGAUUAACACUUGGGUUGGGAAAAAGAUUGAAAAAUGGAAUCCGAAUGAGUCAACAGUUCUCCAGCUUCUGCUCUCGAUUCAGGGUCUAGUUCUCAACGAAAAGCCCUACUUCAACGAGCCCGGCAAUGUCGCUUGGCCGGGUCGUUUUUGGGAGAAGAAAUCCGCCGCUUAAAAUGAGGAUGCUCUGUUAUGAAGUACUUUAGGGAUCGAUUGAGCUUUAUUUCAUCGGCGUGUAAAGCUUACAAAAAUGGGAGUGCAAAGAUCGGGUAUUACAACCAUCAAUGCGAAUGAUCUUCUUGUGUAUAAAAAAGGUUCAAGAAAUUGAUGAAACAACU